AUGGGGUCAUUGGAUUCAGCACUUUCGGUGCUUGAUGAGAUGGAGAAGGUUGGCUUGGAGCCUGAUUUGAUUACGUUUAAUACCCUUCCCAACGCGUUUUAUCAGAAUGAGAAUAGAAUGUCAGAAGCAGUUGAAUUAAUUGAUGAGAUGAAAACCAGUGGGAUCAAACCUGAUGUGUUUACUCUCAAUUCUUUGAUGAAAGGCUUUUGCAAUGCUGGAAACCUAGAGGAAGCUAAAAGGUGGUAUAGUGAAAUUGCGAGAAAUGAGUUGCCUCCUGUUCGGGCUACUUACAUGACGCUCAUCCCAUUUCUUGUUGAAAAGGGUGAUUUUGAGCUGUGCAAGGAAGUCUGCAGCAGGCGCUGGCUUAUUGAACCGGCUUUAUUGCAGUAG